AUGGCUUCCUUUUCAUUUUCCUUUUCUGGGGACGACAUCGAGGACGACAGCACCACUAGUACCGUCCCGGGCCCAGGUGUACAAGCCCAGGAUGCAACGGUCACACCGACACCAGCAGCCAGUGCCUUCCCUGUCCAAGGCAAGCCGCAGCUACUGCCACAACGCCACGACCUGAAGGAGAUGCUCUCCAAGCUGCCGUCCAAGAUUGCCUACAGUCUUCUGGACGUGGCAUUAGACAGCCUUGUGGAUGCUGAUGGCACCAAAGGUAGCAGCAGCACAGUCCCGCGAGAGACGCCGUUCCGGAUACGUCUGCCGCGACGAGAGCUGUGGGACGUCAAGGUUCAGUUGAUGGCGGAGGAAGACGAGGAGGACGGUGGCAGCAACACUAACGGCGGUGGCGAGCUUGCGCCCGGUCUUGGAACCCACGAUGUCAAGACUGGCAUCUACGAGGGCGGUUUCAAGAGCUGGGAGAGCAGCGUCGACCUGGUCAAGGUGCUGCUCCAACAGCCACCAACGACAGCCGACUCGUCAUCCGCGCCGACGCCAUCGGAUGUUGCAAGUGCCGUUCUGUUAAAGGACGGACCCGUCCAUAUUAUCGAGCGGAGUCACCCGCUGUCUAUCACCGUUGCCGAUUACAACCCCAGCGUCCUGUACCUGGUCACACUACCCAACUUUGUCCUGGCAUGGGCUCUCCAGCAGCGGCACGCCAGUCCCCUCCUUCAGCAGGCUUUGAUAAUCGACGAGGACGGCGACGACGACAACGGCGAGCUAGAACUGACCGACGAGGUCAAGGACGCGUUUUGUACCUAUGUGGCCUCGGCCGGCAUUACGCUCUCAUUCCUGUCGGGCGGCUGGUCAGCCGAGUUUGUCGACCUGCUGUAUGACACCACAGCUGCUGAAAAGCCGGCUCCCCAUACGCUGGUCCUCGGCGCCGAGACCAUUUACUCGCCGUUUGCCCUCGAGACGUUUGCUGUGACGCUCUUGUCGAUCCUGCGUCGGGACGGCGGCCCGGUGUCCGCUCCGGCCACCGCCAAAGCCAUCAUCGGUGCCAAGAAGCUCUACUUUGGCGUCGGCGGCUCACUGGACGACUUUGUCAAGCGCAUGCGCGAGGCCGGUGCCACGGUCAACGAGCUGCGAGAGGAGGCAGACGGUGUGCGCCGGGGCGUAGUGCAGUGCGUGCUGUAA